CAACAAACGAUCUCCGGGACUUCGAUAGUGCAAGAGUUGCAUUACCCGCCUUUAAUCAAAUUGGCAGAGAAGAAUACUUAUGCAGAUAUUAUUCACUUGAAUGACUGGAUUGAUGAAGUUAAUGCUGUCAGAACAUACAAGUUUAAGUGCUACCAAGCCGGUAAUCCACAAGCCAUCUACCUGCGAGGUAUGGAAAAAAUUUGUCUUGCUGGUGAGAAGAGAUUUUUGUUGGCCAAGUACGUUGAUGGUAUGCUCAACUUAGCAUUUAGUGUUGAUGAUAGAGGAAUGGUUCACAACUUUACUACUCUUACACGUGAGUUUUCUGAUCAGAUGGAUCACAUGAUCGCUACUGAGAUGGAUCAAGAACACGGUGAAGAUGCAAUCGUUGUUUAUGGAAAUGUGCAGUUUGGGACUUCUGCAAUGAUAUUCAUUUGGCCGCUGCUCAGUGGCCAAUCGUAG